ACCAUCAAGCGCUGCACUUGUCGCACUAUAUAAUAUUAUCCCUUUUAGUAAACUGGAAAAAAUUAGUGGAUAUAACGUAUUACAAAUAAGCGAGUGCGGGUCAGGAGCUAGAGCCACCCUUACUUUUCCCAGGAUCAAACAUCAUUAUCUUCUAUAUCCCAGGCUUUACAUAACUCCUGGAGUUUACCUGGAGAGAGUUCCGGGGGUCAACGCCCCCGCGGCCCGGUCUGUGACCAGGCCUCAUGGUGGAUCAGGGCCUGAUCAACCAGGCUGUUACUGCUGUCUGCACGCAAUCCAACGUACGAGACAAAGCCCGGCUGGUCAGGUGGACUCAGAGGAGGAAGAGAAGAUAAAGAAGAGGAUAUAAGACGAGAGGAAGGGAAGAGAAUAGUGAUAAUGGCUGGACUUGAGAGCAAGGCGCCUCUCCGACCCGUCCGCAGGAUACAGUUUGGUAUCCUCAGUCCUGAUGAAAUUCGUCGUAUGUCUGUGACUGAGGGCGGCAUCAUGUACUCAGAAGUAUACGAGAAUGGUCGUCCCAAGCUAGGCGGUCUGAUGGACCCCCGCCAGGGUUGUCUGGACCGCAAUACUCGCUGUACCACCUGUGCUGGUAACAUGACCGACUGUCCAGGCCACUUUGGCCACCUGGACCUGGCCAAGCCUGUCUUCCAUGUUGGUUUCCUCACCAAGACCGUCAAGAUUCUACGUUGUGUGUGUUUCUAUUGCAGCAAGCUGCUCUACAACACGCAACAUCCAAAGGUGAGGGAGAUAGUGACCAAGUCGAAGGGACAACCUAGAAAGCGACUCCUACAUAUAUACAACCUGUGUAAGGGAAAGAUGAUCUGUGAGGGAGGAGAUGAACUGGAUAUUACAAAGGACCCAGACGACCCUACCAAGUUCAAGAAGGUGUCUGGCCACGGUGGAUGUGGACGGUACCAGCCCAAUGUAAAGAGAGUGGGACUGGUGGUGGCUGAGUGGAAGCAUGUCAACGAGGACACACAAGAUCGCAAGCAAACUGUCACAGCUGAACGAGUCUAUGAAAUCAGACAUAUUUCCGACGAGGAGUGUUACCUACUGGGAAUGGAUCCUAAGUUUGCUCGGCCGGACUGGAUGAUUCUCACAGUCUUGCCGGUCCCGCCCUUACCCGUCCGCCCGGCCGUUGUUAUGUACGGAUCUGCUCGCAACCAGGACGACCUCACACACAAGCUGGCCGACAUUAUCAAAUCCAACAACGAAUUGAUCCGCAACGAGCAGUCAGGCGCCGCCGCUCACAUAAUUUCCGAAAACUUGAAGAACUUACAAUUCCACGUAGCCACUAUGACAGACAACGAUAUGCCCGGUAUGCCCAGGGCACUUCAGAAGUCAGGAAGACCCCUCAAGGCUCUCAAGUCUCGCCUCAAGGGGAAGGAGGGCAGGAUUCGUGGAAAUCUGAUGGGCAAGAGAGUGGAUUUUUCAGCGAGGACGGUAAUCACAGCGGACCCUAACUUGAGGAUUGACCAGGUGGGCGUACCUCGCUCCAUCGCUCAGAACCUCACCUACCCGGAGAUUGUCACCCCCUUCAACAUUACCAAGAUGAUGGAGCUGGUGAAGAGAGGCAACAACCAGUACCCAGGUGCCAAGUAUAUCAUGAGAGACAACGGUGCCCGCAUUGACCUGCGCUACCACCCCAAACCCUCUGACCUUCACCUGCAGUGUGGAUAUAAGGUGGAACGUCACAUCACGGACGGUGACCUUAUUAUUUUCAACAGGCAGCCCACACUGCACAAGAUGUCUAUGAUGGGUCACAAGGUCAAGGUGCUGCCCUGGUCAACCUUCCGCAUGAAUCUCUCGGUAACUUCCCCCUAUAACGCUGACUUUGACGGGGAUGAGAUGAACCUUCACGUGCCCCAGAGCAUGGAGACGCGAGCUGAGAUCGAGAACCUCCACCUGACUCCAAGGAUGGUGGUCACACCGCAGUCCAACAGACCAGUCAUGGGUAUUGUCCAGGACACACUCACUGCUGUCAGGAAGAUGACUAAGAGGGAUGUCUUCCUUGAUAAGGCUGAGAUGAUGAAUUUACUGAUGUUCCUGCCCAUCUGGGACGGUCGUAUGCCCCACCCGGCCAUACUCAAACCCAGGCCAUUGUGGACCGGCAAGCAGAUCUUCUCUCUGAUCAUCCCAGGCAACCUCAACCUGGUCAAGACUCAUGCUACCCAUCCUGAUGACGAGGAUGAUGGGCCCUACAAGUGGAUCUCUCCAGGCGACACCAAGGUGCUGGUGGAACACGGAGAACUGAUCAUGGGGAUCCUGUGCAAGAAGACACUGGGAGCAUCUUCAGGUUCAAUGUUACAUCUGGCUUGGAUGGAGUUGGGUCACGAGAUCGCUGGUCGCUUUUACGGCAACAUCCAGACAGUGGUCAAUAACUGGCUAUUGCUGGAGGGUCAUAGUAUUGGCAUCGGGGACACCAUCUCUGACCCCAAUACAUACAGGGUCAUCCAGGACACCAUCAAGAAAGCCAAGGAGGACGUGAUAGAGGUAAUCCACAAGGCUCACAAUGAUGAGCUGGAGCCUACACCAGGCAACACCCUCAGGCAGACCUUCGAGAACCAGGUCAACCGCAUCCUCAACGAUGCUCGAGACAAGACUGGAGGCUCAGCCAAGAAGUCCUUGACGGAGUACAACAACCUCAAGGCCAUGGUGGUGGCUGGUUCCAAGGGCUCCAACAUCAACAUUUCCCAGGUUAUUGCCUGUGUGGGCCAGCAAAACGUUGAGGGUAAGAGAAUUCCCUUCGGUUUUCGCAAGAGAACACUGCCACACUUCAUCAAAGACGACUACGGCCCAGAGUCUCGUGGGUUCGUCGAGAACUCAUACCUAGCUGGCCUUACUCCUUCAGAGUUCUACUUCCAUGCUAUGGGAGGCCGUGAGGGUCUAAUUGAUACGGCUGUAAAGACUGCUGAGACAGGCUACAUCCAACGGCGACUCAUCAAGGCCAUGGAAAGCGUGAUGGUCAACUACGAUGGUACUGUCAGAAACAGUGUGAGUCAGGUCAUCCAGUUGAGGUACGGCGAAGAUGGUCUUGCUGGCGAGUUCGUAGAGUUUCAAAACUUGCCCACGAUCAAGCUCUCCAACCGGCGCUUCGAGGACAAAUACCGCUUUGAUGUGUCCAAUGAGCGCUACCUGAGGAAGCUCUUCACGGAGGACGUGGUGCGGGAAUUUCUGGGGUCCCCGGACUCCAUCAGUAGCUUGGAGAGGGAGUGGCAUCAGCUGCAGGAGGACAGGAAAGUCCUCCGUCAGGUCUUCCCCAAGGGUGAUACCAAGGUGGUGCUGCCUUGUAACCUGGAGCGGAUGAUCUGGAAUGUGCAGAAGAUCUUCCACAUCAACAAGAGAACCCAGACGGACCUGUCUCCCAUACGUGUAGUGGAAAGCAUUCAGACAAUGCUGGACAAAUGUGUCAUUGUCUCUGGUAACGACCGCAUCAGCAAGCAAGCCAAUGAGAAUGCUACGUUCCUCUUCCAGUGCCUGGUGAGGUCAACACUUUGCACCAAGAAGGUGGCUGAGGAGUAUAAACUUACCACUGAGGCCUUCAACUGGCUUGUAGGAGAGAUAGAGACGAGGUUCAACCAAGCCACUGCAGUACCUGGUGAGAUGGUGGGGGCGCUGGCUGCUCAGUCACUAGGUGAACCAGCCACACAGAUGACCCUCAACACCUUCCACUUCGCCGGUGUCUCCUCGAAGAAUGUGACACUGGGUGUGCCGCGUCUGAAGGAGAUCAUCAACAUCAGUAAACGACCAAAGGCGCCGUCCCUCACGGUGUUCCUGGUGGGUGCAGCUGCCAGGGAUGCAGAGAAGGCUAAGAAUGUCCUUUGUCGUAUGGAACACACCACUCUCAGGAAGGUGACGUCCAACACAGCUAUCUACUAUGACCCGGACCCUCAGAAUACCGUGGUGGCUGAAGACCAGGAGUUUGUCAAUGUCUACUACGAGAUGCCAGACUUUGAUGUCUCCAGGAUUUCUCCCUGGUUAUUGAGGAUUGAACUGGACAGGAAGAAAAUGACAGACAAAAAGCUGACAAUGGAGCAGAUCUCUCAGAAGAUCAACUCAGGUUUUGGCGAUGAUCUGAACUGCAUCUUCAAUGAUGACAAUGCUGAGAAGCUGGUGCUAAGGAUCCGCAUUAUCGUAGGAGAUGACAAACUUAAUGAAGAACCAGAGGAACAGGUGGACAAGAUGGAGGACGACACCUUCCUGAGGUGCAUCGAGGCCAACAUGUUGAACGACUUGACAUUGCAGGGGAUUGAAUCCAUCUCCAAGGUGUACAUGCACUUGCCUCAGACUGACGAGAAAAAGCGCAUUGUCAUCAAUGAGCAUGGAGAAUUUAAAGCUAUAGCAGAGUGGCUGCUGGAGACUGAUGGCACUGCCCUCAUGAAGGUCCUCUCAGAGCGCAAUGUCGACCCCGUCAGGACUUCCUCCAAUGAUAUCCUAGAGGUGUUCGAGGUGCUGGGAAUUGAGGCUGUCAGGAAGUGUAUUGAAAAAGAGAUGAAUGCUGUGCUUAUGUUCUAUGGCCUCUAUGUCAACUACCGCCAUCUGGCCUUGCUCUGUGAUGUCAUGACCAGCAAGGGCCACCUUAUGGCCAUUACUCGCCACGGUAUUAACCGGCAGGACACUGGCGCCCUCAUGAAAUGUUCCUUCGAGGAGUCCGUAGAUGUUCUGAUGGAAGCUGCAUCGCAUGCUGAAGUCGACCCCAUCCGUGGUGUGUCAGAGAACAUCAUGCUGGGCCAGCUACCCAAGAUUGGCACUGGAUCCUUUGAUCUAGUGCUCGAUGAUGAAAAAUGUAAGCUGGGUAUGGAAGUACCCAUGCCCGGGGCAGCCAUGAUGCUUCCUGGUAGCAUAUUCAAUGAGGCUUCACCAUCCUCAGGCUUGACGCCCUCUCAGACACCAUGGGCCUGUGGCUCCACACCCUCCAUGUCUCCUUAUGGAGGCUGGACCCCUGGGGUAGGUAGCGGCAUGACUCCCGGGGGUCCAGCUUUCUCCCCAGCUGCUGCAACAGAGACCACGGGUCUCUCCCCAGGAUACUCCCCAGCCUGGUCACCCCAGCCAGGCAGCCCAGGCUCUCCUGGGGGCAUGAGUCCUUAUUUCCCCAGUCCAGCGAGUGCUGUGUCACCGUCAUACUCCCCCUCUUCCCCAGCUUAUCACCCCACCUCCCCAGCCUAUCACCCCACCUCCCCAAGCCUUACUCCUGCUUCACCUGGCUAUUCCCCAACUUCCCCAACAUACAGCCCCACAAGCCCUCAAUACUCUCCAACUUCUCCCCAAUAUUCCCCCACAUCUCCCUCUUAUUCCCCAACCUCCCCUUCAUAUAGCCCCACCUCCCCCUCAUACUCCCCUACUUCCCCCUCCUACUCCCCAACUUCCCCCUCCUAUUCUCCCACCAGUCCCUCCUACUCCCCAACUAGUCCCUCAUAUUCCCCUACCUCCCCUUCUUACUCUCCAACCUCCCCCUCCUACUCACCCACCUCCCCAUCUUACUCCCCUACCUCACCGAGCUACAGCCCCACCUCCCCUUCUUACUCCCCAACCAGCCCCUCCUACUCUCAACAUCACCAUCUUAUUCCAACCUCCCCCUCCUACUCCCCAAGCUCUCCAAGUUAUGUACCCAACUAUUCCCCAUCCUCCCCAGGAUACUCCCCCACCAGUCCCUCUUAUUCCCCAACCAGUCCUUCAUAUUCCCCAAGCUCCCCACAAUACUCCCCAGCCUCACCCUCUUACUCUCCCACUUCUCCCAAGUACUCCCCGACCAGUCCAAACUACUCCCCAACCAGUCCAACGUACUCCCCUGGUUCACCUUCUUACUCCCCUUCUCCCAAGUACUCCCCCACCAGCCCCACAUACUCACCCACCUCACCAUCUUACUCACCCACCUCGCCAAAAUACUCACCCACCUCACCAACCUACAGUCCCUCCAGCCCCCAGUACUCACCCACCAGCCCAAAGUACUCACCCACCUCACCAAAAUACUCACCCACCUCGCCAACUUACAGCCCAUCCAGCCCUAAGUACUCACCCACCUCACCCACCUACAGCCCCAGCACCCCAGGCUACAGCCCCUCCUCACCCACCUACUCUCCAAGUCUCGCAGAUGAUGACGAAGAACAACAAAAUAAACAGAAGAAAAAAGUCAAACGCUAAAUUCACGUACUUAGUGUUAAAUCUUAAUGCUGGUCAGGUUCGUGUUUUACUUCUGUGAUUUUUUCUGAUAAUUAUUUAUGUGCUUUAAUAGAUACAAUAAGAUCACAGUAAACAAGUGAUAUUACAGUAUGCAAAAACCACCACUGUGAAGAAAUAGUGAAAUUCCAAGCACUUUCUUGGUAAUGUGAGGAAUCACAGAAGCACUUGGAAUUUCACUAUUUUUUCAAUGGUUGUUGUGCAUGUUUUAAUAGAUGAUUUUCUUCAUUCUUAUUUUAUAACAAAUCUUAUUUAACUUUUGUGAAAAACAGACAAUUUUGAUUUUAGGUUCUUGGAUUUCAGUUUUAUGUUGGUUAUGCAAAUUCUUGUUAGAUAACUAACAAGUUGAUAAAUGAGACAUUUGUGCACCAUUUGGGUGUCUUUGUUCUGGAAACAUUUUGCCAGCCAGUGCUGAGAAACUGUUGCAAAAGUGUCUUAUUUGUAAAGAUGGAUGUGUAAUUUAGGGACAAUGGGAUUGUUUUUUGUUAAUAAAUACAGGUCCACAUCCCUUUAUCUGAAAUUCGAAAAGUUCCGAAAACUGAAGUUUUUUCGUGGAGUGUGGAGCAUCAGUCAUCUCUACAUAACUCCAACGCCGCCACGUGGUCGCGUGACCCAGCACUGACAGCCACAGUGGCAGGUGUCAGUUGUGUCUCAGCGCUUGUAGUGUUCACAUGUGUGUCUGCUGUUUGCUGAUAUUUUGUUUUUGCUUUAUAUUUUGUGACUGUGUCUAUAAUUAUCCCAUUAUUUCAUUUAUCAAUACAUAUAUUACUCUAUAAAUACACUGUAGUAGUAUUUGUAGUCUCAUUUAUCCCACUUAGUGAGUAUUCAUACAUUUUUGCUGCAGUGGUAACGUUUGAUUAUGGGGUGCUGCCCUAGACCCCACCUUCAUUCUGAAAUUUGAAACACUAC